ACGCGCCCGCCGCUUCCGGCGUAUGCUUUUGCUUUGCUUAACCGCCUGUCGCGGGGUUCGGUGUUUGGAGCUCUCUCAGUCCAGGCAAUGAUGGAUGAAGUCGUAUCUAAUGCUUCAGAGAAACUUAUAGCAAUCCACUCCAAGGUUCACAGAGAUACUAUCCUGAUUAAAUUUGAGGAGCAGAGAAAAAAAGAUUUUUUGUGUGACAUCACUUUAAUUGUAGAAAAUGUUCACUUUAAAGCACAUAAGGCUUUACUUGCUGCCAGCAGUGAAUAUUUCUCAAUGAUGUUUGUUGAAGAGGGCGAGAUUGGCCAGUCAAUCUAUAUGCUGGAAGGGAUGGUGGCAGAUGCUUUUGGUGUCCUAUUGGAAUUCAUUUACACAGGCUGCUUACAAGCUAGUGAAAAAAGUAUAGAACAAAUUUUAGCGACUGCUCAUCUCCUCAAAGUGAAUGAUCUGGUUAGAGCAUAUACAGAACAACAGAGGAACUGUAGCUUAAGUAACACAUUAUCUGGCAUUUCUAAUGGUGAAACUGCAGUAGCUGUCUUAGCAAAGAACAAGAAAAGUGAAGAUCCACCAAAGCGAAAACGUGGAAGACCAAGAAAAGUGAAGAACAUUCAGGAAGAAAAACUGGAAGCCCUUUCUACUGAAGAUGUGCAAUUAAAAGAGAACAACUCAGUUCAUAAUAAGCAAAAUCUGAUAAAGAGAGAGACUGCAGUAGAAGACAGAAAUUCCAAUGAACUCAUUCCUGUAAGUGGAGAGGGAAGAGAAAUAUGUAGGACAGAAGCUGUGGUCAGUGCUUCAACAGAAAAAGAUGAGAACUAUGAUCCUAAGUGCCAAAACACACAGAUCAGUCAGAGUCGUUACAGCAAACGUAGGAUACGGCGGUCAAUCAAGUUAAAAGAUUAUAAACUUAUUGGUGAUGAAGAGGACAGUGGGCUGACAAAAAGGGCCAAUGCGAGAAGAAAACGUACUGGGUCUGAAGUUGAGUGCAAAGACUGUGGGAAAGUCUUUAAAUAUAACCAUUUUUUAGCUAUCCACCGAAGAAGUCAUACAGGAGAGCGCCCCUUCAAAUGCAGUGAAUGUGGCAAAGGCUUUUCCCAAAAGCACUCUCUCCAAGUUCAUGAGCGGAUGCACACUGGGGAACGGCCAUACACUUGCACAGUUUGCAAUAAGGCUUUAACAACAAAACAUUCCCUCCUGGAACAUAUGAGUCUUCAUACAGGCCAGAAGGCUUUUACCUGUGACCAGUGUGGAAAAUACUUCAGUCAGAGAAGGCAACUUAAAAGUCACUAUAGAGUUCACACAGGUCAUUCAUUGCCAGAAUGCAUCCUGUGUCAUCGCAAAUUCAUGGAUACAGCUCAAUUAAAGAAACAUUUAAGAACACAUACAGGUGAAAAGCCAUUCACUUGUGAAAUCUGUGGCAAGUCAUUUACAGCAAAAAGCUCUCUUCAGACACACAUCAGAAUUCACAGAGGAGAAAAGCCAUAUUCGUGUAGUAUUUGUGGAAAAUCCUUUUCAGAUUCCAGUGCCAAAAGGAGACAUUGUAUCUUACACACUGGCAAAAAACCUUUCUCUUGUUCAGAGUGUUGUGUGCAGUUUGCACGCUUAGACAAUUUGAAGUCUCAUUUGAAAAUUCAUAUCAAAGAGAAACAGCUGCAGGAAGCCAAUACGGCUUCCAACAGCAGCAGUACAGAGGACGUCAGGAACAUUCUUCAGCUGCAGCAGUAUCAACUCUCUACCUCUGGGCCACAAGAGAUCCAGUUGCUGGUUACAGAUUCAGUGCACAACAUAAACUUUGUGCCCAGCCAUAAUCAAGGCAUUAGCGUUGUCACUUCAGAUGAUUCCCAAAAUGUGAUGACGGAGCACACAGGCAGCCUUACUCUUCUCACUCAGCCAUCACAGCAGCUGCAGAACCUGCUUCUUUCAGGCCAGCCAGAACCCACAGACCAGAUUCAGAAUAUCAGCAUUGUGAGUGACCCAAUGGAUCCUCCCCAGACUGAACAAAUGCAUGUCAUCACACUGUCCAAGGAAGCUCUGGAACAUCUCCAUGCCAAUCAGAGUCAAGCAGAUGUGCUUCAGAUAGCGGCAGGAACACCACAUCCAACCCCACAUCUGCAGAUGGCCCAAGAACCUAGCCAGCAAUUUCGCAUUCUACCUCCUCAAAUUAGCAAAGGACGGAGCCAGACUGUACAUAUCUCCAAUUCACCUCAACAGCCUCUAACUGUAAACCAGCCAUCUGGAGAUCAUCACAUUGAAAGGCAGACUUUUUAAAAUACAGGCUGAUUUCCUUCUUAGCUAUAUUUAUUUAUCAAGAUGAAAUAAGAUCCUUCAUGUGAAAUGCAUUACAUAUAUUAUCUAUUUACCUUCACAUGUUGGUAGCGUUGAUUGUUGGCUUAAUGGUCAUUGCUUUAUGCAUUUUUAUUUUGCAGAUUUAUCAGUUUAGAUAGAUGUUGAAAGAAUGGCUUUUUAACCAGUGUUCUCAUUCAUUUUGCCUGAAUUGCAAUAAAACAUUAAUAGAACAUGGUACAAGCCUGCUUAUGCAUUUUGCCAUCUCAGUUAUUUCAGUGGGAAAGAACAAUGCAUGCUUAAUUCUCCCACUGAAAAUGAUGGGAUGUAAAAUUGCCUUUGAAUGGACAAUACUGUAUAUAUUUAACAAACUUAUCAGCUGAUGUAUUGUACUUUUUUCCUCCUAUCUGCUCAUUAGUUCGGGCUAAAGCAAGCCCAUGUUUGGAUUUCAAAAACAAAAUAUGAAUCAGUCUAUGUUAGUGUCAGCUGAGAUUUUGUGAGAGUUGGUUUUCUGAGAUGAUAUCUACAAGCAUAUGUGAAAUAAGGCUUAAGGGAUUUUUGCAACCUUUUGCAAAAGUAAAUGUCUAAUUUCACAAGGUAGAAAAAAUUGGCGGAUCUCCAGACAGGUCUGCAUAGGUUCUCCUAAGUAAUGCUGAUAAUAGGCUUAGCAAAUCAUUGCCUUGUUUUACUUAUGUUUUACAUAAGCUUUUCUUUAAAUGUAUUUAUGCACAUCAGAGUUCAAUGCUAGACUUCCCUAAACUUGAUCGACACAAAUCAAUCCUGGGUCAGAAAGUAUUGGCUUAUCAGAGCAAAAAUAGGCAUUAUGAUUUCUCCUUUGUCUUGUGCUCUUUACAUUCUGGUGAAUAAGCAGCAUACAACAGUUCUGUAAUAAAAUAAAAACAAGUGACUGUUUCCCAUUAUAACUACCAAGAAUGUUUGCUUUAUAUUUUAAUUGUAGUUUUUAAGCUAGGAUCACACUGGGGGAGAGAAUAUAAAGGCUUCAUGCUUGGGCCAAUAAACCAUUGUCCAAAAUGGUUAGGCCUGAAAUAGCCUAGAAAUAGGGAAGAAUGCACCUCUGAGCAUGCAUUCUCCUUAAGGUAUUGCAGUGCUGAUGGACAUCCAUACUCAGAUGGGCACUGUAGUCCUGUAUAUCUUCCACUUCUUCCUUUCCUCUUACUGCCUAAUUUGUACAAUUUGUAUUUGCUGAAUAUGGGAAAAGUUUUGCUGUGGUAGACAAGGAACACUCUGGUUGGCAAUGGAACCUUACAGAUUAUUUCAGCAUCCUUGCGGUAACCAUGUUUAACAGUUAGUAUAAUUCAGAACAGGAUAAAAUGAAGGUGCUAGGAGUUUGUACAUUGAAGGGAGGGGACAGGAGGUCCAGACUUGUAGCCAUUACCUGAAAUGGCACCCAUUCUUCUCUCAGUUAAGUUGACUGAGCUUCUUUCAAAACUAUUAUUUUAAAACUCUCAGUGUCUUAAAACCAAUUGAAUUAGUUAGUGAAGAUAAACAAUGUAAUAUUGAAGGUUUGUGUAAAGAAAAAAAUAAUAAAAUAUCAGGAGGGGGAAAAUGGCAAAAUAAACACAUGUAAUCUGGAAGUAUAGCUACUAGCAAUUAAUGAUUCUGCCUCUAAAUUAAUGAUUAAAUUGUGGCCUGAGUUAAGCAUUUAAAAUAUAAUGCUUCUUUGUGUCUAUGUAAAAUAAAGCUAUAGUGCUUUUAAAAUAAACACAAUGCAUACAUUAA